AUGUUGUCAUUGCCUUCUUCUUCAUCAUUAGCUUCUGUUAUUUCUGGUGGUACAACAACAAUAUCUGUUUCUUCAUUUUCAUUAUCAUCAUCAUCUGAGUUUUGUUCGAAAAUCUGUUCCAAUGCUUCUUCCAAAGUUAGAUAUCUUGUUCUGGGCAUUUCGAAAGUGACCUUGACUAAAAGUAUUUCAUCUUUAAAGUGUCAGUGUGACAUCUGCUCAAAGCUUGAUAACCAUACUUGUGAAACAGAUGGGUUUUGCUUUACAUCGACUUCUUUAGAUGACAAUGGCGUUGUUAAGCAUUCAUACAGAUGCUUUCCCAAAAAAGAAUUGCUACCACCUGAGCAUCCCAUGGUUUGUCAACAUUCGGAGAGUUCUAAGUCGAAAACGCAAUUUGUAAUCAAAUGUUGCCAUGGAUAUGAUUACUGCAAUCGUGAUUUAUCACCUACUUUGGCGCCUCCAGUAUCCAUAAUUGAUAGUAAUAUGCUUGAUAAAGAUCCUCGACUGGGCACACUUGAACUAGCCUUCAUUAUUGCUGCUCCUAUAUGUGCUGUGUGUAUUUUUGCUGUAAUGGGAUGGGGCUUUUGGCAGCUGAGGCAGAAACAUCGUAGGUAUCAAAUGGACUCUGAGAAUUCCCUAGAAAGUUGUGAGCCAAUGUUGCCUCCAGAUCAUUCAAUAAAGGAUAUGAUUGAUAUGACCACAUCAGGCUCUGGUUCAGGACUUCCUUUACUUGUGCAAAGAAGCAUUGCAAGGCAGAUUCAGCUUGUGGAAAUCAUAGGAAAAGGUAGAUUUGGGGAGGUGUGGAGGGGUCGAUGGCGUGGACAACCUGUUGCUGUGAAAAUAUUUUCAUCGAGAGAUGAAAGAUCUUGGUUUAGAGAAGUGGAAAUAUACCAAACUGUAAUGUUGAGGCAUAGCAAUAUAUUAGGAUUUAUUGCUGCAGAUAAUAAAGACAAUGGCACUUGGACACAGUUGUGGCUAAUUACUGAUUAUCAUGAAAAUGGAUCACUAUAUGACUACCUCAAUAAAACUACAGUCGAUACUGCUGGGAUGUGUAAAAUGGCUUAUUCAAUUGCCAAUGGAUUAGCACAUUUGCAUAUGGAAAUUCUAGGCACUCAAGGAAAACCAGCUAUUGCCCACAGAGAUUUGAAAAGUAAAAAUAUUCUGGUAAAAAAUAAAGGGUCUUGUGCUAUUGCUGAUCUUGGAUUGGCAGUGCGGUUUGAUUCUAUCACCAACUCUGUUGACAUUCCACCAAAUCCAAGAGUUGGAACAAAACGCUAUUUAGCACCAGAAGUCUUGGAUGAAACAAUUAACACAAAUCACUUUGAUUCCUUUAAACGUGCUGAUAUUUAUGCUUUUGGAUUAGUCCUUUGGGAAGUAGGUCGAAGAUGUGAUAUUGGAGGAAUUCACGAAGAUUACCAAUUACCAUAUUAUGAUAUGGUGCCUUCAGAUCCUAGCAUUGAUGAAAUGAGGAAAAUAGUUUGUUUUGAUAGACUAAGGCCGCCAAUUCCAAAUCGAUGGCAGUCAUGUGAGGCCCUGAGAGUUAUAUCCAAAGUCAUGAAGGAAUGCUGGUAUCAUAAUUCAGCAGCACGUCUGACGGCUCUUCGAAUAAAAAAAACUCUAGCAAAUCUUGGUGCUCAAGAAGAUCUGAAAAUAUAA